UCAAUAUCAAAGUCAAUAGUGCGUCAAUCAAGUCCGCACCUUUUGUGUUGAUUUGCUAAGUUUACAUUUUAAUAAUGAAUUAAUAGAUAAUUAAAUAUUAUUUUACUUAGUGUCAUUUUAAGUCGUUCAAUUUUCUGUAGGAAAUGUCACCAAAAGUAAUUUUAUUGUUCAGCGGGAAACGAAAAUCAGGGAAGGACUUUUUGACUGAUCAUUUACAAGAACUGCUUAAAGAUCGUUGUGAAAUUUUAAAAAUAUCACAGCCUAUAAAAAGCCAUUGGGCUAGAGAAAACAAUUUGAAUCUUAAUGAGCUGUUGAGUGACAAUGAGUAUAAAGAACAGUAUCGAUUGGAUAUGAUAAAGUGGAGCGAGGCAAUGAGAGACAAAGACUAUGGUUGUUUUUGUAAACAGGCUUGUUUAAAUGCUGCAGACAAACCAAUAUGGAUUGUCAGCGAUAUAAGACGAAAAACAGACAUCCAGUGGUUUAAAGAAACAUAUAAGGAUAUAAUAAAAACAAUUAGAAUAUGUGCGGACGAUGAUACUAGACGCGCUAGAGGCUACCAGUUCAAAUCUGGUGUGGAUGAUGUGGCUUCAGAGUGUGACCUGGAUGAUUACACUGAAUGGGAUUUAGUAAUUAAUAACGGUGAAGGAAGGCAACCACUAAAGGAACAGUUGAGCAGUAUUAUUUCUUUGAUAUCUCUUUCGUGACGAUUCAGUAUUUAAUGCUGGUGAAGAAAGAAAAUGUCUCAAUGAACAGGUGGAUAGUGUUGAUCUUUUAAUGUGAUUUUUCUGAUGGGUCAGUAAUUGUAAACUGUGAUUUUUUAUCUGUAAGGUGUGGUCUGUUAUUUAUAUGUAUGUAUGUUUUCUUUAUAAAAUGAAAGAUAUUCUGAUGGUAUGGUUAAUAAAAAAGUUAUGUUAAAAUUUUA